CCUCUCUCCGUCUCUGUGCUUCGGUUUGCCCUUCUUGCCAGUCCCUCCAUCCAUCAAUGCGCCACCGUAUUUUAUGGCAAUCCUCUCCUCCGCCGCAUUAGUGAUUCAUGAACUCUCUCGCCGCCGCCACCUCCACCUCCCGCGGCCCUCUUUCUCGCGAUGUUAAAACCCCUUAAGCCUCAUUUCCCCUAUCCGGUUUUACUAUCCACCCGCCGUCUCCUCAGCUUCUCCGAUUCCCAAAAUCAGCCCUCGCCAAAUCUAGUCCAACUAGUCUGCGAAAUACUAUCCAAUCCGCGUAUCCCAUGGCGCGGUAGCUCCGAGCUGAAAUCCCUCACACCCAAGCUCAGACCUUUCCACGUCGCCCGAAUCAUUGAAACCCACUCCAGCACCGAUUCUGUUUUGCAGUUUUUUUAUUGGCUUUCUAAGUGGCAUUUUUACAGUCAUGAUAUGUGCUGUUAUAUGUCCAUGUUGAAUAGGCUUGUUAAAGAUCAGAAUUUUGCGCCUGCUGACCAUGUGAGGAUUCUUAUGAUUAAAGCUUGUCGAGACGAGGGGGAAAUUAGGAGGGUUGUUGAUUUCUUGAAUGGUAUUGCUAGUAAAGGCCUUUCUUAUAGUCUAUAUAGUUUUAAUUCCCUUUUGAUUCAAUUGGGGAAAUUUAAUAUGCUUGUUGCAGCUCUAAAUGUGUAUAAGGAGAUUUUGGCUAGUGGGAUCAAGCCCAGUUUGUUAACUUUGAAUACCAUGAUCAAUAUUCUAUGUAAGAAGGGGAAGGUGAAGGAGGCUAAGAUUAUCUUGUCUCAGCUAUAUCAGUUUGAAAUGUUUCCUGAUGUGUUCACUUAUACGUCGUUAAUUCUAGGGCACUGUAGGAACAGAAAUCUGGAUAAAGCGUUUGUUGUUUUUGAUCAGAUGGUAAAGAAAGGGAUUAAUCCCAAUGCAGUGACGUAUAGUACUCUUAUUAAUGGCUUAUGUAAUGAUGGAAGGGUUGAUGAGGCUUUGUGUAUGAUUGAGGAGAUGAUUGAGAAUCACAUCAGACCUACAGUUUACACUUACACUCUUCCUAUCACAGCAUUGCUUGAAGAUGGGCGUGUAGAUGAGGCGGUUUCUCUUGUUGCAAGCAUGAGAGAGAGGGGUACUGUACCCAAUGUGCUGACAUACACGGCCCUUAUCAGUGGAUUGGCAAAAUCUAACCAACUUGAGGUAGCAAAAGGGCUGUACCACAAGAUGGUGAGAGAUGGAUUGGUUCCUACCACAGUCACUUAUAAUGCUCUGAUACAUGAACUGUGUGAGAGAGGAAAUGUAGAUGCUGCUUUUAAAAUCUUUCAGUGGAUGGAACGUCACGGUCAUUUGGACAAAACAGAAACAUAUAAUGCUAUGAUCAAUGGUUUCUGUGUGAUAAAAAAUGUUGAACGGGGAAUGACUCUAUUUCGUGAAAUGCUGCUGGGUCCCCCUCCCAAUACGAUCACAUAUAACACGCUAAUCAAAGGAUACAUUGGAUGCGGUUAUCUAGAUAAUGCCAGUAGGUUGAUGGAGGUGAUGAAGGAAAAUGGAUGUAAACCUGACCAGUAUACAUAUGCGGAACUCAUUAAUGGGUUUUGCAAAGGAGAUCGGCUUGAUGCUGCUUCUGCAUUAUUUGAGGAAAUGAUGCUGGAAGGUCUGAGCCCAAAUUUGGUGAACUAUGCGACUCUAAUUAAUGGUCUCUGCAAGAAAGGGAAAGUUGAAGAUGCAUUAGUUUUGCUCAAGAGGAUGAAGGAGGUUGGUUGCCAUCCUAAUAUACAGACCUAUAAUGCUGUUCUUAAUGGUCUAUCUAAGCUUUAUAGGCUGUCUGAAGCAGAGAAACUAUGCAAUGACAUGGCAGAAGAUGGUUUGCUUCCCAAUGUGAUUACAUAUACAACUCUAAUUGAUGGUCUUUGCAAGGAUGGGGGGUUAGAUAUGGCAUUCAAGGUUCUCCGUGAAAUGGAGAGAAAGAAUUGCUUGCCAAACUUGUAUACCUACAGUGCAUUGAUCGAUGGUCUUUGCCGGGAAGGCCGCGUGGAUGAGGCAGAGAUCUUGCUUGAAGAGAUGAUGACAAAAAAAAUAUAUCCAGAUGUGGUCACAUAUACCUCGUUGAUCGAUGGCUUUGUAUCUGUAGGUAGACUAGAUCAUGCAUUUUCUCUGCUUCAUCGGAUGAUAAAUGCAGGUUGCACCCCAAAUUACAGGACCUACAGUGUGUUGCUCAAAGGGAUACAGAGGGAGAGCCAGACAGUUGCUGAAAAAAUCACAGCGCAACAUGAAACUGUUCCUGGUCAUAUUUUCGGUGAAAGAGAAGCUACAGUUGAUACCUUCUGCAGUCUACUAGCUAGGAUGUCCGAGAUUGGCUGUGAACCUUCUAUUGAUACAUUUUCCAUCUUAAUUGAUGGUCUCUGUCAUGGUGGCAGAAGCCACGAGGCAGAUCAGCUGGUGAAAUUUAUGAAGGAGAAAGAGCAGGCUCCUAAUGAGGCUAUAUAUUGCUCUCUCCUCAAAGCUUAUUGCAAGAAUUUGAGAGUAGACGCUGCUCUGGAGACACUUCAUCUGCUUAACCGUAGGGGUUCCAACCUCCCUUUAUCAGUUUAUGCAGAUCUUAUAUCAGCUCUCUGUUCAAGACAAAGGACAAAAGAGGCUGAAACGGUGUUCAACGGCAUGCUUGAGAAACAAUGGAAUGGUGAUGAGAUUGUUUGGACCGUCUUGAUUGACCGCCUACUAAAGGCAUCUCGUGGAAGGAUAUUAAGCUGCAAAUUACAAUCAAAUAAGUGGGCUCCAAAUGUCAUAUAUGCCAUACAUUGCUCACAGGAUACUAUGGAGUUGCCCGAUUCUUGGGAUCUCACUGAUCAAUUUUUCUUUCUAAAAAAGAGAGAUAUGACCUGGUUGCUCGGUUAACCAAUAAUUUCAGGGGUGUUCGCGUGCGUACUGAAUCCUGAAUCUAUCUUGUGGACUUCUUGGGCUCAAUAGAGGAGAUGGCAAAAUUUUGGUAUUUCAGAAUUACUCAAAGCCUGUAACAUUUGGCAGCUAUCGUCAUCACUUGUUAACUGUCUAUGCAUACGACGUGGUGCUGAUGGAUGUCGAACCAGGCGUUUCUCAUCCAGGCUCUUGCAUACAGCUUGGAUGUAAAGUAUGUAUAGUUUUAGAGCCAUGUCUACAUAUUCAUGACUGCAAAUUGCGACCAGUUGAAUCAACUCAUAAUAGGAAAAACUUCAAUGCUUCCCUAACUCAUUGGAUUUUCGCUAUACAAUUCUUUGGGACUCAUGUUUGGUUAACUUUUACUCCCCUUGUAUUCUCUAGAGCUCACAUUAGUCUUAGCAUGUAAAUUUGAAUGAUUCUUUUGUGAAGCAAGUGGGAAUUUUGAAAUUCACAUUGCUUCUACAUUCUUGUUAGGCACAUUUGGCAACUUGCAAAUAAUUGGCUGAUCUCUGUAUCUCUCUGAGUUUUACUUUCUGAUAUUCUCAUCAAGGCCAAGAUAGCAUGGCAGAAAAUGUUUGCCAUGUCUUGUUUCUUUGUUCGA